AGGAGAGCAUCCGCCCACAAAAGCCACAGCAAUUUUAGUGUGCCUCAAAUGCAAUUGUGCAUCAAAAAAGUGAAUUUCGGGAAAUGUCGUGAGUGAAUUCCGCCGAAUAAUCUCAUACAAAUACUUCCGCGACAGAUUUAAAAAGAGAGCGAAAUCGCCCAGGCACGCUGGUUUGGCAUUCAUAGAUAUUUAAAUGGCAGUGGGUGGGCCCUCGCGCAGACGGAGAUCUCUGACAGACCUGCACAUAUAUCCGCGGAGGGAUAUUAGUUAAUUCCGGAUCUAACAGCAGAGAUAGGCCCGGUUUCGACGCACACGGGACCGCCGCUGCUCGACCCGAUUCACGCGGACUCGCUUGGGAUUUUGUGCUCCGUUAUUGAAGGGUGUUUUUGCAUUGGCACCGCCCUUCCUGGCGGGGUGGGUCCGUGCGUCAGAGCUGCGCCACAGUCCGCGGCCGCUGGAGCAAAUAGGCCGUCCUUCUGCUGGGCUGUUGCCUGCCUUCUGCCUGCCUUCCUCGGCGUCCGGCCUUUUUUUCUCUUAAACAACUCCUCUCCGGGUUUUAUUAAUGCGGAAUGAGUGAUCAAAAAAAAGAAGCCAUGGCCACAGAUGAAGGGAAAGCCAGUGGAGGUGAAGAGGGUACGAAAGGGAAAAGUUCUGGAUCACAGGAUGCACAACCGUCUCCUCUCGCAUUGCUCGCAGCGACGUGCAGUAAAAUAGGAGGUGUUGGCAGCGAGGGUCAGGCGAACACACAACAGCAGAUAAUAAUCGACCCGAACCAGGGUCUUCUUCAGCUCCAGAACCCCACGCAGCAGCUCGAGCUCGUUCCUGCACAGUUGACAGGAAACGGCUGGCAGAUCAUCGCAACUUCCCCUGCAACUGCAGCCAAGGACAACAUUGGCACUAACGUCAUAACCAAUGAAGGCGUCGCGGGGCGAAAGAUCAAGGCGGUCGGCUCGAAUAAUUCCCCUGGCGCACAGCAACAGCAACAGUUUCAAAUCAUCCAGGUGCAGAAUUUGCCGAACUCGUCAGGUGGGAUUCAGUAUCAGGUCAUCCCGCACCUUCAGACCGCGGAUGGACAGCAGAUCCAAAUAAGCCCCAGUAACCCCGCAGCUUUAAGCGUUCAGCCCGAGCAGAUCCAGCUCAUUCCCACCGGAAACAACCAAGCUAUUUUGGCCACGCCCCAAAGGACGGGAUCCACCAGCAUCGUCACUCAAAACCAGUCGAUUCCGCUUCAAAUCAGGCCGUCGUUUCCUCUGCAGCUGCAAACCAUUCAGGGUACGCAAACGCCGAUGGUGACCACGUUACCUAUUAACCUUGGCGGUGUGACUUUGGCUCUCCCGGUUAUCAAUAACGUAGCGGGAGCGGGAGGCUCGGUUCAACUGGUCCAGUCAGCCGACGGAAGUAUUUCCAAUGGAAACCAGCUGAUAGCAACGACUGUCACUAGCGCAGCAGAAUCCUCCGGCGUUUCAACCUGCACGACGACUGCGACGGGCACCAAUUCGGUCGUUGUGACCUCUACGGAUGGCGUGACGUUAUCCACAGCGUCCGUCGGAGCCCCCGAAACCCAGAAGGACGGUCAGUCGGGGGACGCAGACGCUCAGUCCAACGGCCUCCAACCUGCAUCCGAUCAGACCGGCCAAAUCCAGCAGUUUCAAAUCGUGGGGCAUCCGGUUCUCCAGCAGAUCCAGAUCCAGUCGCCCCAGCAGCAGCAGCAGUUGGUCCAGGGCUCCAUCCAGAUCCAGCCCGGCCAGACUUUACAACCGCUGCAGCAGAACCUCCAGCUUCAGGCCUUCCAGAACCCCACGCAGGUUCUGAUCCGCACGCCCACGCUCACCCCGUCAGGCCAGAUCAGCUGGCAGACCGUCCAGGUCCAGAACGCAGGGAUGCCCCAGCAGCUGACGCUCGCGCCCAUGGCGUCGAACGCAGGAGGCGGGACCUACGCUCAGAUCGCCCCGCUGACGCUCGGAGGCUCGCCAAUCACGCUCACCGCGGCCCAGCUGCCCUCCGGCACCGGCGUGCAGACGGUGAACAUCGCGGGUUUGGGCGCGGCUGGAGUCCAGGUGCAGGGCCUCCCGCUCACCAUCACCGGCGUGCAAGGUCAGCAGCAGGGUCAAGAUGGGGUCAAAGUUCAGUCCACCCCAGUGACGGUCACUGUGGGCAACAUCAGCAGCACGACCCUGAACGCAGUGAGCCCAGACCAGAUGGGACAGGUCCAAAGCCCGUCGGACCAGGAGGGUCAGCCCAGCAAGAGGCUGCGCAGGGUGGCCUGCUCCUGCCCGAACUGCAGGGAUGGAGAGGGGAGAAACAACAGUGACCCCUCCAAGAAGAAACAGCACGUGUGUCACAUGGAGGGUUGCGGGAAGGUUUACGGAAAGACGUCUCACCUGAGGGCUCACCUGCGCUGGCACACGGGAGAGAGGCCGUUCGUCUGCAACUGGAUCUUCUGCGGGAAACGCUUUACCAGGAGCGACGAGCUACAGCGGCAUCGCAGGACGCACACAGGUGAGAAGAGGUUCGAGUGUCCGGAAUGUUCCAAGAGGUUCAUGCGCAGCGACCACCUUUCAAAGCACAUCAAAACCCACCAGAACAAAAAAGGUGGGGCGGCACUUACCAUCAUCACCACAGAUGAAAUGGAAGAGGAGGUGGACGAGGUCCUGGGCUCGCCGAGGAUCGUCACCGUGGCGUCGCUCUCGCAGGAUUCGAACCCGGCCACGCCCACGACUUCAAACAAUUUAGAGGAGGAGUUUGAGUAGCUUUCCCUCCAAAUUAUAUUAUCGUCGAAAAGCACCACGAUAUUGUUUGUUCUUUUGUUGAUAUGUUGAUUUGUUUAUGUUCUUCAUUCUUUUUCUAUUGACGAUGGACAACUCGAUUUUUCAUAUGGAAGUUUAAUACUAUUAAAUAUUCUGACAAAGAAUAAUCUAAAGGAGGAAAUAUGUAUGAGCUGUUAAGAGACAUAACACGCGCGUUUCGAGUAGCACAAGUUCCCAGAUGCUCCAGAAGAUGUCGCUAUGCACAAAAAAAAAAUGAUAUUUAUCUGUUUUCGCAGUGCUAUGAAAUAUACAGUCGGGGAUGAGAAUCUUGGAGCUUUGGUUUUUUCGCGUACGAUCAGGCUAGAAAGAUGAGCGUAUGUACACGUUUAGAGCCUCAGCACAACGCCGUCGAAUUGGCGAGCGCGUGUUGAUUAUCAGCAGUCAAACUUUUAUGUAGGAGAAACGAGAUUAUAGAGACGGGCUAUUUAAAGAAAAGCACAUUAGAUUUACAAAUAAUGCAUUCCAGUUACGAUUUCUUUAGAAAAAAUACAAAAAUAAAGGAGAAAGGAAAAGAAGUAGAAAAAAAAACACAAAAACAAUCUAGCUUUCUAAGACAUGCUAUGUUAAACGAAGGCAAUACUAUAAAGACAAUCUUUGUAAAACCAUGUUUACAUUACCGAGGGGUCGAAAAGGUUCAAGAAAAACACCUGAUCUCAAGUCAUAUAAACUGUACUCUGAUGCCUUAAAAACACUGCAGUACCGGAUGGGUGGGGGGACGUGGGGCUUCGACUGUGUUUUCAAACAUAUUCGAGUGCCCUUUUUAUACACUGACUGUGGCCACUAUGAUCCGCCCAGGUAAAGAUCCUCCCGACCCGUUAAUGUGUCCUCCUGUCGCCCCCGAUGACUUUAGUGCGCUCUCCAAAGAGAUUUGACCCCGUCACGUGCACCAAUCCCGGUACGGGACGUCUCCAGGUCACGGGAAACCACGAAGCCACUUAGAUGAGUUUGAUGUUCGGAAAUCCGUGGUGUGUGGCGUUCUUCUUCGUGAGGUUUAUGUUCUCCCGCUCUCGUUUAGUUUGGUUCGUUUUCAUUUCAAACCCAUUUUUUGGUUCUCGCACAACACGAGUACAUGCCACCUGUGUGUCUAAUUUAUUAUUUAUCCUUCUAUUAGUAUUUGCUAAUGUGUAUCGUGCGCUGUUAAUGCAGUUAUGACGUGCUGCAUGGUUCAUUUCCUCUAACGAUCUCUAUUUAGUAACGAUUUGCUAUUUCUAAACGUGGUCCUUUUAGAAGUAAAACCAUGGCUUUUUAAUUUAUCUGAAGUUUCCCACCAUGACGUGUUUCAAAUGGAGAAUUAAAAAAAAAAAAGUUUAAAAAGAAAUGGUUGAAACCAAACAAUUAUAAAUAGAUGUUUUUGGUAAUAUUUUCUGUGGCGAGCGAUUUUUUUCUUUAAUCUUUUCUAGUGACACCUCAUUUGUAAAUCAUUUUUCUAAGAUGUUCCUUUGUCCUCAUGGCAUUUGAUAAUGAAUUUUUUUGCCAGGUUAGCCUGAAAGGCUGCAGUUUAUUGAUAUUUUUAAAACAACUUUGUACAAACGUGUUAUGUUAAUGGGUAAACAAAAAAAAAAAAAGAGGAAAAAGAAAAAAAAUCUUUGCCUGCAUAACACUUGAAAUUAAAGUGAGUAAUUCUGUCUUAAAUGUU